GAGGUGUAUAUAAAUCGAUGAUCGUUGAGGAAUUGAUUCGUAUACGCUCGGAAUCCCGAGUCACAUUGUCGACAUGAUGGACACGGAAUGUCCUAUAUGCCUAGAGGUGAUUACUCCAAGUAGCGAGAAGAAGCUACUAGUAUCUAAGCUGUGCGAUCAUAAAAUAUGUAACGUAUGCGCUGAGCAGCAGUUAUCGUCACAAAUGGGUCAUGCGCAAUGCGCAAUAUGCAGAACACAUAUUUCCUGGGAGUCAUUCAGUAUAUAUGACAACACGAAAACGUAUUACCAAACGGUUAAAGAAGCUCGCAAACGUGUACUGCAAGUCUACAAUGACACGAGGAGUAAUUUCAAGGAUACACCAGAUUACAAUGCAUUCCUCGAGAAACGUGAAAAUCUGGUUAUUAACUUAACCUACGGGAGGUCUGAUCCAAGGUGGGAACAGGCCGAUGCUGAAUUAAAGGCAUAUGAAUCCCAAAAUGCUGCGAAGAUAUCGUCUAAUAUGGCACUUCAGGAAAACGAGCUACGUAAACGUGUUAAACACAUUGUGGACACGGAGAAAACAUUCUACGAAAUGGUAGACAAGAGUGCUCCGUUCAAUCUAUGGAAGGUUGAUGACUUGGUACAUACAUUGCAACGCACGCAUGCGUCAUAUUUCAUCGAAGAAAAGGCGUUAAUGUCAUCUAAAGGGGAAUGUGUCCCAUUGAAUGCUUCAAUACGUAGCACUGCAGAUAUACCACGACGUGUGAUGACAACAAGGGACGAAGUACUAGAAUGCGAUAUAGCCGGAGGAUAUGAUAUAAAACUAGUAAAUCAACGGUGUGAGAGACAAGUAGAACUACUAUUACUUUGGAAUUUAUCAUAGAAAACAAAGCAAUCUGGAUCUACCUAUAUAGUAUCCAAGCGAGAAAGUGACAUUGGGAUCCCGAGUGUAAAAUAUACAACAUUAUCGCA